AUGCUCACCACUAUACCACCAACGCUGCACAGCCCGGGUCGGGCCCGGACGCCGUGCCCGGGCUCGCCCAAGCGCAUUCCCGGCGCCCCGACGCCCCGGCCACCAGCGGCCGCCCACCGGCGCCAGCCCCAGGCCGUGGCCCUCGUCCACCGGCCCCACCGCCGCUCGGGGGCGUCCUCGCUCCCCUGCCGCCCCGAGGCCCUGGGCUCCAGGCCGCGCGCCUCAGCUCCCAGCUCCAGGCCACCAGCGUCCCGAACCCACAGGGAAAGGGACUCGUCGGCUUCCCACCGGGCCCGCCUGCCGGGCAGCUGGGCAGCUGGGCAGCCGAGCGUGGCGUCGCAAGGAGCCUCCGGUGCGGCAGGCCCUUUGGGCGGGCCGCAAGGUCGCCGGGCGCCGGCCGGGUCGAGAGGAGGCCCUCGCUCGGCCGGCCUCGGCCGGGGCGAGGCGUGGACGGCAAGGGCUGGAAGGGGUCGAGGGUGGCAGGUCGGGCACGCCCAGGCGCCCUGCGCCUGCCUGGAGGCGGGGAUGAGGAGACGACGGGCCCUUGGGGCCAGGCGGCUGGCCAGCGAGCGGCGCCAGCCACCAAAAAGGGCGACGGCGGCCACCGCCCGGCCACCCGACCCCUCUCCGGCUGCCUGCCGACGCCUACCCCUGCCCGCGGCCAGCGGCCAGCGGCCCUCGGCCCGCGGCCCACCAGGGGGCCGCCAGCACGUGCCCGCGCACCGCCCCGACGCCAAAGCACCCCGCGUCCUCCAAAGAAGCAGACCGCGACCCGGACCGCGGCCGGCGCCCCCCCCCCCCCCACCCCGCCCCUACCUGGCGCUGAAAACUCCGGGUGAGCGCUGCCUGGUGCCCCCAACGUGGGCCCGAGAGGGCAAGCCGGGCUGCGAGGUGGCGGCGGGCGCGCGCCGCGCCACGUCACGUCACGUCCCGGGCGAGGGCAGAGGCGCGGGCGGGGGCCGCCGCCAGAGGCCGGCUGGGUGCGGGGCCAGGGCUGCGCGACAGGGCGACCGCGGCGGCGAAAGCUUUGCUCCACGACGGCCGGCGUGCGCCCGGCCCCCGCUCACCCAGACGCCCGCCCGGCGCGGAGCACCGCGUCCGCCCAAGGGCGCCGCACUUGGCGGCGCGUCGGGUCGCAGCCAGCCGAGCGGCGACGCGCUCCGGCCCGCCGUCAGGAUGGCCGAGCGGUCUAAGGCGCUGCGUUCAGGGCCACAGCCCCUUGCCGCCUUGCAGUCCCUUCCCGCCUGGCCCUCUUGCUUGGCCCCUGCAAACUCCGGCCCCCGACACCCAAGCCUCUCACUCCACAGCCCGCGGGCCCGACAGAAAUGGCCCAGGAGGAACGCCCGGGCCACUGGCUUUGCUGCGGACACGCGCCCUCCCCGGCCGCUCAGCUCCUACACACACCCACGCGCCCGCGCCCGCGCCCCCGCCCCCGCCCCCGCCGCCCGCGUCCUACCUGCACCUACACCAGCAAGCUUCGGCCCUUCGCAGCCCAUCUUUCCUCACCUGCUUGCGGUGGCUGUUUUUCCUUCCUCACUCCGGCUCCGGCUCCGGCUCCGGCUCCGGCUCCGGCCGGCCCGCCGCUCCGCCCCACCCCGCCCCCACCGCCCCCACCGCCCCACGCAGACCGGCCGCGUGGGGAAAGCCCUCCACGCUUCGCCCUCCGACUGCUGCCCGCGGACCCGCGGCUCGCCCUCCCCGCCUUUCCUCCGCUUCUGCCGCCAGCCGCUCUCGCUCCCGUCCAACAUCCCGUCCUUGCCGCCAAGCCGGCCGGCCCGCCCGCCUGCACAUUCCCUGCCCUCCACACCCACACUGAGGUGGCGGGUCUGCGUGGGGUGCGUGCCCGCGCGCGGCGCUUUCUCGCCUCGGGGCCUUCCCCGCCCACUGGCCACCGCGGCCUGCCUCCGGGGACACGUGCAGCCCAGCCUUCCUGCUCGCCCGCCGGUACGGGGCCCUCCCUGGACGCAGGCCUGGCGCGUGAGUCCCUGUCACGGCCCUGGGAUGCCCGGCACCCACCCGCAGACGUCGGGCCCCCGGCCGCCGCCCGCCACCCACCUGCGCGCCACAGCGCACGUUCACGCGCGGGAAGCCGCUGCCCCGGCCGGACCCAACCACCCCCCGGCGCCCUCCCUCACCCGACUGUCCGCCAUCCCCCCCGCCCCUCCCCGCCCGCAGUCCGAGUGCCUGCGCCUCACGACCAACGCACCCGAGCCGGACCCCUCCGGAGAGCGCUGGCCGGCCCGAGCGCUUCUUCGGAGCGAGGCUCCGACACCUUUGGCACACCCGGCAGGUCCAUCUCUCACGCUCGCCGUCCCCGCACAGCCCGAGCUCCGAUGCCCGCCCGCCCGCCCGCUCCACACCAGCCAGAAAGCCGGCCGCCGGAGGGACUUGGCGUCGGGGGCGGGGGGCGGGGGGGGGGGGGGCAGCGGUGGCUGA